GCGUUUCUGGCUAUAAAGCAUUCGACUCAGCACUCCCUUUUCGCAGGAGAGCAUCUUCCAACUUCCAACAAUGGCUUCCCGAUCCCUCGCCCUCCUCUUCUUUCUCAUUUCCUCUGCUCCUCUUCUCUUUCCCGUCGUCGCUGAACAUCAUACCCACGACGACUUCGUUCGCCCAAUCGAUCGGAAGCUCCUCGGUCUCAAGAAAGAAAAGCUCAGCCACUUUCGAUUUUACUGGCACGACAUCGUCAGCGGCCACAAUCCCACCUCCGUCCCCGUCGUUCCGUCGCCGAUCAACUCCACCACUGCGUUCGGACUGCUGAACAUGAUCGACAACCCCCUGACAAUGGGUCCGGAAUUGAGCUCCCAGUUGGUGGGAAGAGCUCAGGGGUUUUACGCGUCGGCGUCUCAGAGCGAAAUAGGGCUUAUGAUGGCGAUGAAUUUCGCGUUCAUGGAAGGGAAGUACAACGGAAGCACAAUCACGGUGUUGGGGAGGAAUCCGGUGUUCAACAAAGUGAGGGAGAUGCCGGUGAUCGGAGGAAGUGGGCUUUUCCGAUUUGCCAGGGGAUACGUGGAAGCUCGAACCCACUGGUUCGAUGCCAAUUCAAGGGACGCCAUUGUUGAGUACAAUGUUUAUGUCAUGCAUUAUUAAUAUUUCUUCUUCUUCUUCUUCUUCUUCUUCAAUUUUAGUCCGUUCGUUUUGCGGUGUUCAUGUUAUAAUCUUAGCUAU